AUGGAUGACACAGAAAGCACGACAACAUCAGCUGAUGAGAACACUGGUAAUUUAUGUGACAAUCCGACUAGAGAUACACUUGCGGAAGGCCUUUUGGGCCUACUGAAGCCUACUGUCGACCAACUAGACGAACGAGUCAGAUCUACUAGAAUAUCACAGUUGGAAUUGAAGCAACAAAUAGAGUCUUUGAAUGAAGAGCUCUCUAAAGUGCGAGAAGCAUUAAAUAAUCACCCAGAUUUGGAUCCAUAUGUUAAGAAACUCAUUGCAUGCAAACACAAAGUGACAGUUGUUCUUAAUGUAUUGCAAGCCUCACAGGACAGAUUAAAUGAGAUACGUCGAAUGAUAAACAAAGAGAAAAGUGUUCGACCAACUGUUAUUACUGGUGCUCUGCCCCAGGAGCCUGAACAAAGCACAAGUGGUGUGAUUUCAGAAAGAGGAACAGAGGACAGCUUCCUUUUAAUUGAUGCUCUAGAAAAAGAUUUGAACUACUUAAAAGAAAAAAACCCAACAUUUUGCUUGGAAGUAGGAUCUGGUAGUGGAAUUGUGAUAACUGCUGUUAGUAUGGCAUUUCCUGAGACAUUCUGUCUCUGCACAGACAUUAAUAAAAGAGCUUGCAUCAUGUCUAAAAGUACAGCUGAUCAUAAUAAUGCAUUACUUGAUUCAGUUAAUAUGAACCUUAUUGAUUCUUUUAUAAAUAAUAAAUUUGAUUUAAUCAUAUUCAACCCCCCUUAUGUAGUAACAGAGAGUGGGGAAUGUGGAUCCAAGGAUCUAGUAGCCAGUUGGGCAGGAGGUAAAAAUGGCAGAGAAGUAACUGAUAAACUUUUGGAUAUGAUACCAAAGAAGUUAGCUGAAGAUGGUGUUUUUUACCUCUUGCUUAUUGAAGAAAACAUUCCAAAAGAGGUUUGUGACAUCAUGUCUUGUUUUGGAUUUAGACACGAGUGCGUCAUAAAAAGAGUGGUGAGGAAUGAACAACAAAUGGUGAUGAAAUUUUAUAGAUAA